AGGAAAAUCACAGCUCCGUGGCUUUAUCAUUCCCUUCACCCACCUAACUUCUCGUCGCCUUCCCUUGAUCGUCGUCUUCUUCUUCCUCAAUCCUUUCCUGAAAGAGAUCCUCGAGGAUUCUGAAUCUCUCUUCCCGCAAAAUUCGUAUCUUUCUCGAGGAUUCCGGGAAAGAGUUUCUAAUGGUAGAUAGCUACAAUAUCCCAUGGCUCAUAUGGAUCCAAAUGUUCGUCUUCUUCCUCCUCUUACUCCUCCUUUGUGUCUUCGGGAUAUUAUCCUUAGAUAUCAGCGAUAACAGUUGCUCAUCUUCCGAUUCCGUUCCUUCUACCUCCUGCUCAUCUCUUUCUCGGCGAUUUCUUCCUGGAGAUCCGAUUCAGAUCAGCCACCACGGCUUGGGGUUUUCCGUCAAUUCAAGUCACGUACAGUCUAAUCAGAUGGGAAGUUCUCAGGCCAUAAAAGGAGAGAUAACACCAGCUGAAACAAGGAGAGUCACAAGAACAGAGGAAGACCAAUGUUUGCAGGAGAAAGAAUCGAGUCGUAAUUUGCAUCAUCAUCCAUGUAAUUUGUUUCAACUUGCUGGAACUGCAUUUCUAAAGUGUCUCGGGCUUGACAGGAGUACCGAAGAAACCGAUGAUUCCCUGAGACCAGAAUCUAAAAAACAGAGAUGAAUGAAAUUCUUGUGAAUAGAGGAGAAAGAACAUACUCACACGUUGCAUUUUUAAUAUGUGUUGAUGUGUAGCAAGCAAAUUGAGUAGGAGAGAAUGAAGAAACUUGUAAGUACAGACAUGAAAAGGUUAAAUGUUGGGGGUAACACGAAUGAGUUUAACUCAGCAAAUUCUUCUCUUUUUCUUUGGCGUGACAAUAGCGUUUUCACCAUGGUUA